AUGGACUUAGCUUGUCUAUGUGAAGCACUUACAGGCUUAAAAAAUCAAAACAUCUGUAUGUUUAAUGGCAAAGCUGUUGCGAAACUUAAGCGAAAGGAAUACCGUCUAAUGAGUGAUGACGAAAGAACGCGCUUCAAUCAGGCUAUGCUCAAUAUAAAACAAAAUGGCAAAUUCUGGUUACUUGUGGAUACGCAUUCCAAUAUGCAAACAACGCUCGGGGCUCAUGCUGGUCCAGCUUUUUUGCCUUGGCAUCGAGAAUUUAUUAAAAGGUUGGAGUUUGAAUUGAGAAGAGUCGAUCCGGAAGUAUUUCUUCCUUAUUGGGAUUCCACUUUGGAGUCACGCUUACCUGCACCAAAGGACUCUUCUCUUUUCUCACCAGAAUUGAUGGGCACUGGCACCUGGGCUUUAAUUGAUGGACCAUUUGCCAACUGGAUGGACUUAAAUAACCGCUUUCUUCAACGGCAAGUUGGCUUCGAUGGAUCCCCCUUCACGGAUGAGGGGCUACAUGCCGAAAUACAUCUUUGGAUUGGAGGUCAUAUGCUUGAUCCAAUGACCUCAGCUAAUGAUCCGAUCUUCUACCUUCAUCAUGCAUUUGUUGAUUUGAUUUGGGAAACGUGGAGACAGUCAAAACAGAAGCGAAAUCAAAUGGAAAACGAAUAUCCGUCGUUUCGUGGCAAUUGCACUGGUUAUGCAAACGGCGAAGAUGCCUGUUAUAAUGGCAUUUGCAAGCAAGAUGUUUGCCAAGUGAGAGCGUGUGCGCGAAAACCAGAGUUCAUGAAUUGUAAUUGUCGAGUCUCUUGUGGUCUGUGUACUCCGUCAAACUACCUCUAUGGAGGAUGCAAUGAUUACCACCAGGAAUGCCGAAUGUGGGCUCAAAGGGGAGAGUGCAAACGAAGCACUUGGAUGGAAGAAAACUGUCGUGCGAGUUGUGGGACUUGUUUCGAUAUGCUUGGGCUUGCCUCGCGUUGUCCAUCGACAAGCGGAGCAACGUUGAUCGCAAACGUUAAACCGCUCGAAACUCUCAUCGACAAUGGCAAAAUCUAUCAAGAAAUGGAACCCGUGAUUGUCGGUGAAAAUAUGUUUGAUGGUCACAUCAUCGAAGAUUGGGAAGAUGGAGAA